AUGGGUCCAGCGACGACUACGCAUAUGCUCCUUGGAGCAUUUCUUGGUUGGGGAAUACUUUCUCCCCUAGCCAAACAUAGGGGCUGGGCUCCUGGACCAGUCAGUGAUUGGGAGACAGGAAGCAAAGGUUGGAUUGUUUGGAUCUCAUUAGCUAUAAUGUUGGCCGAUUCAGUAAUCAGUCUUGGAUACAUCGCGUUUACCCCUUUGAUCAGGAAUGGUGGACAUUAUAUCAAUGAGGCUCAAAAAAAGAUCAAGACACAUGAUUGGAGGGGUCUCUUAUCAAUUACAAUACCACCAUCCACCACGGGAUAUGCUCCUAUAAACGGCGAUCGUCGGGGUGAACAUUCAUCAAGUGGUGAUAUAUCAUUACUUUCAGGUAAUAAUCUACAGAUGGAAUUGAAAGAUUUACCAGAACCCGAUGCCCCUCCAGAACAUCUCGUCAAUUCUCAGACUGUUUGGAUUGGUCUUAUCCUCUCCAUUGUAUUCUGUGUAUUCAGCAUCCGCGUUGUAUUUGGCGAUUUAGUUCCUCUUUACGCUACCAUCAUCGCCGUUUUAAUUGCCCUCGUCCUCUCCAUCAUGGGUGUUCGAGCCUUGGGAGAAACUGACCUCAAUCCUGUCUCUGGAAUUUCUAAACUAGCUCAACUAUUCUUCGCCCUCAUCAUCCCUCAAUCAAACAAAAACUCUAUCCUCAUUAAUCUCAUCGCAGGAGCAGUUUCCGAAGCUGGCGCUCUCCAAGCCGGUGAUUUGAUGCAAGAUCUCAAAACAGGACAUCUUUUAGGUGCGGCACCAAAUGCACAAUUUUGGGGCCAAAUCAUCGGAAGUGCAGUUGGUGCUGUGGUAAGCGCAUUAAUCUAUAAACUUUAUACAAAUGUAUAUCAAGUUCCAGGAGAUCUAUUCCAGGUUCCAACUGGAUAUGUGUGGAUUUUCACGGCGAGAUUGGUAACCGGGAAGGGAUUACCACAUAUGGCUGCUGAGUGGGCAAUUGGUGCUGUAGUUAUUUUUACAGGGACUACGUUAUUAAGAAUUUAUGCUACGGGAAAGAAAUGGCAUUCUUAUAUUCCUGGGGGUAUUGCGGUAGCUGUUGGCAUGUAUAAUACUCCAUCCUUUACUCUCGCUCGUGCAAUAGGUGGAUUCAUCAAUUUAUACUGGCGUUCGUAUAGAAAGAGAGAAGAGACUCCAAUUGUGGUAUUGGCUAGUGGAUUGAUUUUGGGAGAGGGUGUGGGGUACCGCAUUUAUGAUGGGUGGGUGUUGGAGGGUGCGGGGGGAGGAGAAGGAGAUGAGGAGACGAGAAUGGGGUGA